CAUCCAGAAUGGGAGCCAGAAGUCCUUGUUCCAGCCUGGUUUUCUUGUGCAUGAAGCUAAGCCCAUCUCUUCCUGCUUGUGCAUCUUGGGUGUCUCCAUGCUGCUUUCAGAAGAUGCGUGGGGUUCCAACACCCAAGUCUUCAUUGUUUUGCAAAGCUCUGGAAUCAGCAACCCAGGCCAACAGUUUCCGGCAGCAUUCCCCAUGGCCUGCCUGAGUCCCUCCCAACUCAAGAAGUUCCAGGAGGAUGGGUUUCUGCUGUUGGAAGGAUUCUUGACAGCAGAUGAGUGUGCGGCCUUGCAGCAGAGGAUUGGGGAGAUAGUGGCUGAGAUGGACGUCCCUCUGCACUGCCGUACAGAGUUCUCCACCCAGGAAGACGAACAGCUUCGAACUCAGGGCAACACAGACUACUUCUUGAGCAGUGGUGACAAGAUUCGAUUCUUCUUUGAAAAAGGCGUUUUUGACAAGAAAGGAAAUUUCUUGGUCCCACCAGAGAACUCUAUCAACAAAAUUGGCCACGCUCUGCAUGCCCAUGACCCAGUCUUCAGGAGCAUCACACACUCUCCCAAGGUGCAGGCUUUGGUGAGAAGUUUGGGCCUCCAGAUGCCGGUGGUGGUGCAGAGCAUGUAUAUCUUUAAGCAACCUCAUUUUGGUGGCGAAGUUACCCCUCAUCAGGAUGCGACCUUCCUGUACACGGAGCCCCUGGGCCGCGUGCUGGGCGUGUGGAUUGCGAUGGAGGAUGCCAUGCUGGAGAACGGCUGCCUGUGGUUCAUCCCUGGCUCCCAUACCAGUGGGGUGUCAAGAAGGAUGAUCCGAGCACCUGAAGGCUCCAGGCCUGGCACCAGCUUCCUUGGGUCAGAGCCGGCCUGGGAUAACAACCUCUUUGUGCCUUUGCCAGUGAAGAGAGGGGGUCUGGUCCUGAUCCAUGGAGAAGUGGUGCAUAAGAGUGAGCAGAACCUCUCCGACCACUCGCGUGAGGCCUAUACUUUCCACCUCAUGGAGGCAGCUGGUGGCACUGUCUGGAGCCCAGGGAACUGGCUCCAGCCCACAGCUGAGCUGCCCUUCCCACCACUCUACACCUAAAGGCCUGGGCAGGACUGGACUGGCCUCCCACAAGCAGAUAGCCAAGAAGCAGAAGUGACAGGGCUGCAGCCCAGGCUGGUUGAAGAGCUUCCUUCAAAAUUUUGUCUCUGUCACCUUUCUGUCCCAACCCAGCUUUCUGAACUGGCCUCUCAGUAAUGAAAGAAUUCUGGUCGAGGCUCAGUUUUCUCUUGGAUGGAUGUUACUGUGUAAGGCACUGAAUAAAACAACAUAAAAUGUA